AAACUUGUACUGACAAUGUGUAUACGCAUUGAAGCGGGUCACACGAAGACGUUAUACUAGUAAAAACGUCGAAUUCGUCGAUUGAAUUUCAACGUAUAUCAGUUACCACAAAAUAAUAAGUUGUGCUCAGCUCUUUUUGAUUCCAGUCUCAUUGUCUCAACAAUCGCAUCGUUGGCGUAGCACUAGCACACUAGUUUGAAUGAUUAUAUAAACGUCUAUAGUCAUGCAUAUGAUUCUUAUAUUGUCAACGCAUGACAUGGUUGUAAGGCUGGGCUAGCAAUCCAACGAGAUAGCUAUAUGGACUGAUGAGCUUUUAUCUAGUUCAACAUUCUCAAGUAUGCCAGUGUAAAAAGAGAUUAUUAUGUCUAGAAGGGCGGAACUUUCUAGUGAAGAGUUUCAGGAACUGUUUGGAAAAAACGAAUGCGAUUCAAACACGAGUGAAACAGAUGAAGAGAUCAUUGAAAAACAAGAAGGUCCACAUUUUAUAUCGACCUUUCAAGGCACCAUGAUGCUCGCGAGAUUUUGUGUUGGGUCAGGGUUAUUCUCUAUUCCAGCAGCUUUUAAAUAUUCAGGAAUAAUGGGCGGGAUUAUUUGGGUAUUCAUUAAUGGUUUCCUCACGGCCUAUGGAAUGAGAAAAUUGACCAAACUCUCUUCUGAAAUUACAAGAAGGUCUGGUUCUAUUUCUGUUUAUUAUGGUGAUCUUGGUGAAGAGUGUGCCAAGGAAAUUUCCAGCGAAAACGGUGGAAAAGUUGGAAGAGUAGUGGUAAACAUUGCAAUUGUCAUCUCGUGUUUUUGUCUCGUGUGUACACAAUUUAUAUAUAUAGCAGCUAUUUGGCAACAGGGAUUUGAAAAGAUUGGGAUACCUCAAAUGAAUAUCAGCAGUUGGAUAUUAGUAGUGUACUGUGUAUUGUUUCCGCUGUUUCAAAUACGACGACCUGAUACUCUCGCCACAUGUUCAUUGCUUGCUAAUGUCCUCACUGUUGUUGGAACGGUGACCGUAUUCGUGCAUAUCUUUUCCGCGAGGACAUUUCAAACGUACCGCCAAGAAAAUAAAGUUUUCUGGACAAAAUUACCUUUAACUAUUGGAAUUACGUCAUACGCGUAUCAAUUAAUGGCCCCACUUAUUGUCACAAUGAGAAGUUCAAUGAAAGAACCCUCCAAAGUACAUUUUGUAAUAAAUAUUGUUUUGGCAUGUGUUACGGUGCUAUAUGCUGUAAUGGGCGCUGCCGGGUAUGCGUCUUGUCAUCCGGACUGUGCAGACAGCAUACUACUCAAUCUGCCAGGAUCGAGAUAUGCCUCAAUUGUGAAAAUAUUUCUUGGUCUGGCGUCAUGUAUUGGCACUGUACUCGGGAUGUUUGUAUGUUUUAACGUCGUGGAACCUAUUCUUGGGCACUAUUUUCCAGAAAGUUGUAUGCUGUUUACUUCCACUACGACAAGAAUAUUUUUCUUAACCUUUGCAGCUGGUAUCACUGCCGCAGUUCCUGAACUUACAAAUGUCAUGUCAUUGGCUGGUAGUUUCACAAAUCCAGUUUUCGGGUUUAUUUUUCCUGCUUUUGGACACAUUGCAUUGUUUCGCAGGACACUUUCACGCGUCGAUCUCGCUAAGGAUAUUGCGCUCUUGUUUUGCGGGUUAUUUAUCUUGUUUAUUGGUUUUUAUACUUCCCUUUAUAUGAUAGUUCUCGACCUCGAGUAUCCUAGCUAUCCUAGCUAAAUGGUUUCAUACCGUUUUAAUAAAAACCAAAGAUUAAAUGGUAUUAACUUUACCAUCGAAUCUGUGAUAACUGAUAGGUUAAAAUAACCAAAAAAAUAGGUUGUUUGGAUGAAUCAGAGAGAACCGGUUUAAAAUAGGUCGUUAUUCUUACGUAUACCAUGGAAACUAGUUAACUAGUAGUUUUAAAUUUUAACCUAUUAAUAACUGGUUUUAACCGAAGAUAAUAGGUUAUAGCAACCUAUUACAAAACAAACAUGACAAAAAUGUUGGCUUGCAUGCAUGAUUUACUAUAUUUCAACAAUUUAUUGUAUGAAGUAUACAAAUAACAAUUUUCAUAGCACACAUGUAAUUUACAGGCAAACAUGUUCAAGCAAUAAUAACGCUACAAUAUAUAAACUAUAUAAAUAUAACCUAAAAUAGGAAAAAGAUUCUCCACGUUUGGACCUCUUCGUCAGAAGAGUUAGUUAAAAUGACGAAGGUCCAAAAGUCAAAACGUCGAGACAAUUUUCUGUCUAUUAUAGAUACACGCUACUCUUUGGUUAUCGGAAGAUUUUAAAUUUUGCUAAACAAUACUGUAAUUUGAAAAAAGUAUUUUUUCUUUCAGACCGAUCGCAUACAUGCACCACAUCUAUUUUCUACUUUAUGAAUUUUUUUGUACAGAGCAGAUAUUUUUCGUUGCCUUAUUACUUCGUUAAAACCACUGAAAUAUCUAGCAGAAUUUGCGUGCAAAGAAAGCCACAAGAUAAAGGCGCAGGGGCCAGGCAAAAACAAAACUACGUGCAUGGCGCAAAGUAACUCGAUGUAUAGCUACGUGGUGAGAGAGAACACGUUUCUGAUCUAGCUUCGUCAACUCACUGGAUAAUGCAGGUUUAAAAGCUAUACAAACCUUGGAAGAAGACGUACCGCAGAUAGACAUCUCCAUCGCCCCAAUAAACGUUGCGUGAGGUGGUUGAAAUGC